GGCCGUUACUACUGGUCCACUCCUUCUCUGUUUUGCAAACCUUGUCCUAGUGGGUGGUGAACAGCGUGCAGCAGUGAUGUCAACAACAUCGGUCAGUGGGUCAGCCUGUAAAUGAAGUGGCAGGUCAGUGAAUGAGAUGGUGUCCCUCAGUGCAGUAGAGGUGAUCAUAUGAGGUCACCCAGAAGAGCCUGGUGACGUAUGACAAAACAGAUAGCAUUACAGUAGUAUUACGAAAACCGUAAUAAACAAUGAUCACCACUGAGGCUGCAAGAGAGUUCCAGGCCAAAGAGCGCAGAUACAAAGAGCAGCUGAAGAGAUGUUUAUCAUCUGCGUUGUCUGCAGACCUUCACAGGUUGCUGCAGGAGGAGUUGGAAGCUGAUGUUUCUCUGUAUGCAGGCUCAGGCUCACUCCGAGCACACCGAGCCGUACUGUUGGCCAGAGCUCCUCAUGUCCUUCGGGGACAGACGCACAAAGAUCCCGUCAUCAUUCACCUGCCUGGCUAUGAGCUGUCUGCGCUGAAAGAUUUCCUCAGGCGAGUGUACACAGCAGACCAGAGCAUGCGCUCAGCUGAAAUAAUCCCAGACAUGGAGGGCUCUAUGCCAGAAAGACCUCUGCCUGUUCCUGACCCGGCAGACCUUCAGAGUUCCACCGACUCAGCUGUUGUUCUUGAGCCAGCCUCAGGUCUCGGAGCUGACUUGCUGGAUCUGUACCAAAGGGGAGAGCAGUGUGACAUCACCAUCCAAGUAGCGGAGCAGGUCUUUUCCUGCCACAGGGCAAUUCUGUGUGCACGGUCUCAGUACUUCCGAGCCAUGCUGAGCGGGAGUUGGAUGGAGAGCUCCAGACAGUGCAUCACUCUGCAAGGCUUAGGUCCAGAUGAGAUGGAGAUCUUGCUCCAGUACAUGUACGGUGCCAUUGUGGAUCUACCCUCUGGAGCCAGUGCCAGUCAGGUGGUACUGGCGGCAGACAUGUUGGGUUUGGAGGGGCUGAAAGAUGUAGUGGAGAUGGUUCUGACCCGAGACUACUGCCGCUUCUUCCCCAAGCCGAUUGAUGGAGUUCAGAGAACAGUUCUAGAGUGCCUGUCCCUCACACAUGCCUUAGGUCUUCAAAACCUCCACUUGCUGUGUAAGAGGUGGGUUGCUGAGCAUUUUGUGAAGACCUGGUGUGAGAGAAACUUUUCCCUCUUGUCCGCUGAGCUCCACAGAGUCUGUCUAAGUGCUGUAACUGAAAGCAUGACUGUGCAGAAUGCAGUAACCAUGCUCUGUGGCACGGAGCAGUUGAUUGGCAGUCUCCCAGAAGUUAAGUGGGCUCAACAGGUGAGGAGUCUCGCAACAGAGUUACAGGAGGAGAGCCUGCGUGUCAUUGUCCAGCACCUUCCUAGAGUCAUCCGAACUCAGGCCUUCCAGGACCUUCGCAGGAGGGAAGAGUUUACCCGAGAGCCCACACUGUUGAAGAAGCUGUGUUCAUCCAUCAGGGAAGGUGUGACUGUGGACAACUGCUGUGAUCUUUUUACUGCUGUGAACUCCCUGUGUGGAGAUGACAUGGAGGACGACUCUCUCCUGGAGCAGAGAGGGCAAAAACAAGAGGAGCCGUUCAGGCAGGAGAUUUGUACGCUACGUGGUCGGCUGUGGACCUUCCUGCUUCAGACCUUUUACGCAGUUCGCCACACGCAGGGAUGGGAAACUCUGUCACCCAAACACAGAGAGAGGAUACUGGCGGAUGCUAUUGAUAAAGGGGACAAUAGAAGACUUGGUAAAAAGCCAGUAUUCACUAGCUCACAGCAAAGGGCUGUAAAAUGCCCUUCAUCUGCACCUGAGAGUCCUCCUGUGCAAAGGAGCCACAGGGCGUCCGAAUACACAGCUUCUUUCUCCCGUAGUGCUGCAUCAGCCAUGAAGUCUGAUGGACUGGGGACAGCUAACAAACCAGGAGAUGGUCACACAUCCAAGGCAAAGAAUGUGAAGAAGCCCGGCGAUCGGAGCGUAGCAGCAAAAGGAAAAACAGCAUCAGCUGGUACACCAGUUGUCAAUGGCACGGCAACUGCAGGAGCCAGACGUGAUGUAGCCAGUGCCAACGGCCCCAGAAGCUCUCAUGGGGCUAAGGAGCAAGAAAAGAAGCCAAACCCAGGUGCAAGGCCUAAAACCUCUCCCCCAAGCUGCACAACUGCAAGCCAAACAGCAGUAAUGAAGGCUCAGAAGAGCUCAGCAGGAAAGGCUGACAGCACUGCUGGCACCGCCCAAACACAGCCCAUCGCUACAACCACAUCAGGCAGCACCUCGCCAGAGAAUGGUGCCAGCAGCCCUCGCAACGACACCCACUCUGUUCCAGGUGCAAAGCCCAAACACCAGGCUAAGGCAGUGAACAAAUCCCCACUGACAAAACCUCCUCAGAAAUCUGAUACGACAAAGACCAACAGCCCUACCAAUAAGUCAAGUGUGAAAGAAGGUGGCAAAGUCAAAACUGGUGCAGCUGAGAAAGCUACUGCACUUACAGCAGCAAGAACAGACACCAAAGGAAGAAGCACACCAGAUCAUGUCUCCAAGCAUGGAUCCUCCAUGAAAAAGCCAGCUUCACCCAGGAAAGAGGACAGUAAGGAUGGGUUGAAAUCCUCAACAGCACACAAGACAGGCAGCGAAACUCCUAAAAAGAAGACCACUAAACCUGUUUCAGCUACUGGACCAUCAACUAAAACCAGCGCUAAAUCAGCAAAAGCCUCUUCAGUCCCCCCCAAACAGUCAUCAGCUGUAGCUCCCAAGUCUGGACCAAAGCAGAAAAGUACAACUGAAUCAUCUACUGAGAAAGCGUCACCAAAAUCUGGAGGAGCUUCCAAAACCUCAGCUGCUGUUGCCACCAAGAAAUCAGGAACUAAAGGAAAAGAGGCAGUGAAUGGUAAAAAUUCAGACUGUAAACCUGAGCUUGGUCCUUCUGAAAUCACUGGUCAUGUUGCAGAGCAUAAAGAUAGUAAGGAGAUAGUGCCCUCUGAUCAGCCUGCAGAACGCAGUACACAGUCAACAAGCCAGGGUGGAGGGGAUUUACUCUGCCUUCAACUGGACUCAAGUCUCCAGAAGGCUGAAGUACAGUCAGGAAACGCUAACGGUGGACGAGAUGAGACCAGUGUUACACCAGCAGCUAACAGCAUCCCGCACAUUAAACCUGCUGAUGCAGAUGCUUGCAGACAGACCGAUGGGAGUAAAGUGAAACAAUCUCCAAGUGGUGUCAUCCCCGCUCACAUCAGUGGAGGGCAAGUUCACGAGGUCAGCUCCCCAAAUUCCCAGAGAGACACUGCACCUCCCAUAGACACCCCCUGCAGCAUGGGAAGCACUCACACCCCCUUAGAGGACUCCUGGAGCGGCAUCCACCACCAGGUCAGCCCAGAGUCUGAGACCGGCAGCACACACACCACUUCCUCUGAUGACAUCAAGCCCCGCUCAGAGGACUACGACGCAGGAGGCUCACAAGACGACGACUGCUCCAACGACCGAGGUGUCUCCAAGUGCGGCACCAUGCGCUGCCAUGACUUCUUGGGCCGCAGUAGUAGUGACACGAGCACCCCGGAAGAGUUAAAGAUGUACGAGGGCGGGGCUGGGUUGAGAGUGGAGGUGCGGCUGCGUGGGAGAGAGGCAGAGACUACCAGCGAGGAGGAGGGAGUGAGACGACGCCCUCGUUCGUGGUUGCAGAGAGAUGAGAUUCAUGUAGAGGAGGAACACUCGGAGAUCGAGGCCACCGUGACUGUAAAAAGUGUCCCUGACCACCAGCUCUUCUCCUCUGAGGAGGAAGAGGAAGAUGAUAACGAAGAGGAGACAGAAGAUGAGAGGUCGGAGGUUGAGGUGAUCCGAGGCCAGGCUCCGCUGCCACCCACUGAGCCCUCACCGCACUUUCAGGGGAUCAUCAACCUGGCUUUCGAUGACGAUGGUGUGGACCAGGAGAAUGACCAGCCUGACUACCAGUCAACUUCUAACUUCCGUCGGUCGGUGUUGCUCUCUGUUGAUGAAUGUGAGGAGUUGGGCUCAGAGGAGGGUGGCGUCCAAACUCCACCUCAACAGCCUGACGAUGCGGUGACUCCCUGCGAUGUUUUUGAGUCAGACUCCACAGUUAUUCAGUCCAACUGUGUCCCUUCCAGUGACCAGCAGAACCACCUGCCGAGCCAUCUUGAAAAUACAGGUAUGAAGCACAAGAAACACGAGGAGGAACAGGAAGAAAAAUCCUCAGUAUUCCUUACAGAGAUCCAAGAACCUGUGCGGGAGGAGAGUAAUCACAUCCAGGUGGACGGCAUGAAGUCCAGUGUCCUUACCGUGGACUCAGACACUAAAGACCUCCCUCCCCAGGAGCGCCCAUGCCACCUGGAUCUGCGGCACACCGAACAAUACAACGGAGGGCCGCGCAAAAAUCACACCAAUCCCUCAGAAAGCAAGAAAGCUGAAUUACAUCUUGACUUAAAUGAGCCUCAGCUGACAGGGGACUCUCCUGUAUAUGCUGCACAAUCUCCAGCAGGGGACAAUGGUUGUGACAGAUUGGAUCAAACCUGCAAACAUGACCGCCGACCAUCCAAAGCCCUCUCUCCCAUUUACGAGAUGGAUGUGGGAGAAGCCUUUGAGCACUGCUCGGACAAGGACAGGAAUGUUAAACUGCAAGCAGAGGAAGAAAAGCUAAGAGGGGAUGAUGACAAAAGCAGUUACUUUGCAGAGCGGGACUGGAGCCUGCUCAGGCAGCUCCUCUCAGACCACGAGUCCAAUCUGGGCAUCAUAAACCCUGUGCCUGAGGAGCUCAACCUGGCCCAGUACCUUAUCAAGCAGACGCUGUCCCUGUCACGCGACUGCCUGGACUCGCAGGCUUUCCUGUCCCCGGAGAAGGAGACCUUCAAACGCUGGGCGGAGCUCAUCUCGCCCAUGGAGGACUCCUCCACCAGCAUCACUGUGACUAGCUUCUCCCCAGAAGACGCUGCAUCUCCACAGGGGGAGUGGACCAUUGUGGAACUGGAAACACAUCACUGACUGCACAGAGGAGAGCCUACUGGACAGUUGACGCCGUCUCUUUGAACUUUCAACGUCUUGACAUCAACUUUGUCUUAAUUUAUUAUAAUUUACAAUCCUGUUCUGUCUCUCGUUAUGACAUGUCUUUGUCCUGGACUGUGCAGAACGCUGGACUUUGCAGCAGCUUAUUUGCAUUUCCCAUCAUGCCGUCAGUGGACUGUUUCUUGAUGGGCUGUUAUGCAUGCUGACAUUUUUGUAUGUUUGACUGUUUAAUUGAUGUUGCUUCAAAAGCUCUAGAAAAGAAUGAGUAAAACAAAAAAAUUAUCUCUUUCUCAUCUCAGUCUUCUGAUAAUAGGGUUGACUGACGUUUCUUAAAGAAAAAUAAUAUUGGCCUGAUGGCUUGCAUUUAGUGUGAUAUUGAAAAUAAAGGUUUGUGUUUCUGAAAAAAUGAGAAGUGUUCCUCACUGUCCUGUCAUUGAGGAUUAUUUGUUUGAGUCACAAACAGUGA